AUGCGGUGGUACUGUGGUACUUGGCGCAACAUUAUGUCCAUUGGCGCUUGGGUCAGCACCACCACACCCAGCACACCCACAGCGGCCACCACGAGCGGUGCGGCAACAGAUGACGCUGCCAAUGAGCAGCAAGCGGAAACGGCUUUGUCACCUCCUGCCACAGAGGAAGCUGCUUCCGCUGCAGUGGAUUCCUCGAGCACGACGGGAAAGCAUAAGCGUGGCAUUCUACAUGGUGUUGGUGCUGGCGGACAUUGGCCCGGUCGCACGUAUGCGGCACAGUAUGGCUACAGCUUGCAACUGCCUGGGGCAGCUACAUUCCUGGCCGCAGCACCGUCUCACCGACAUCACGCCUUCCUCAAGUAUCCCACGGCCAUUGGAGGCUACCAUCUGAAACAAUAUGCACCCACCGCUGCCGUAGGAGCUGCCUUCCUGCCUACAGCAGUUGCCACACCUGUUUCGGCCGUACCGGCUGCUCUACCCGCUGUCCCUGCUGUCUCCGCCGUUGGUGGCAUCGCCUCUGCUGUGGCAGCUGCUCCCUCCUAUGUUCUACGUCCCGGCAAUGCGGUCGUCUCCUCCUACAGCGUCAACUAUCCGCAUCAGCAUUUGCAAAGACCCGUGAAACCAGUGCACUUCCAUCACGCCGUACAGCCGCACUUUGUGCAGUCGGUUCCUUCCAUUGCGCACGGCCUGCCCUUACAACCGGUGCAGCCGGUACAGCCGGUACAGCACCUGCAACCGGUACAGCCCAUUCAGCCGGUACAGCCCAUUCAACCAAUUCAGCCGGUACAGCCGGUACAGCCCAUUCAGCCGGUACAACAUGUAGCUGGUCUGCAGCCUAGUUUUACCUUUACUGCUGUGAAUCCACCAGUUGCUGAAUUCCCCGGAGUGCCACAGUUCCCCACACAGGCGGUGCCGGUUGCACCACAGUUCCCUACGAGCACAUUUGUGCCCGCAGCAGCACCAACCGCACCAGAAGUGCCUGCCGUACCACAGAUACCACAGAUACCACAAAUACCACAAGUACCACAGAUUCCUGAGGUACCACAGAUACCGCAAAUUCCGGAGAUACCGCAAAUACCGCAAAUACCACAAGUGCCAGAGUUGCCACAGCUGCCACAGUUGCCACAAUUUCCGCAAUUUCCCAAUUUUCCACAGUUUACCAUAGCACAGUUCCCAUUUCCACAAGUGCCACAGUUUCCACAGCUGCCCAGCACACCCGCUCAGCCAGCCGUACCGGCUGUACCGGCAGUACCGGCUGUACCCGCUAGACCGGCUGCACCACCCACCAAUCAGUUCUUCCCCGCUGGCGUGCAACCACCGCUGCCACAGCAACCACCCACCUUUGGGCAACCGGAGUCACAGUUUCCCGGUGGCAUUGUGCCUUUGCCCGGCUCGACGGCCGUGCAGCCGGACACAGGUACGGCCAUUGCCGCACCACAGAUACCCAAUACACCGGAGGCAGAAGCGGAACAACCACUGCCCGCACCGCAACCCACACAACCACAGCAGCCCUGGAAGCCCAUCUUCUAUCAGCCUCCGGCCACGCCCAGUCGGCCCUCGGUAACGCUAUUGCCGCCCUACGGCAGCGCACCAGCUGAGGGUUAUCUGCCGCCCGUUGGCUCGCAGUCGGCACAGCUGAACGCGGCCAGCGCUGGAAACGGUGGAAACGGUGGUGGUCAGGGCAUUUUUGAUCACCUGAGCGAUGCCGAGAUCGAGCACAUCUUUGCCCAGGCCAAUCUGGCGCAGCAGCAACAACAGCAUCACCACCACAACAGCUAUCAGCACUAUUAA